AUGUCUGGUUACUUCACUGCAAAACCUGGCACCGAGCGUGCAGCUGCCCUCUCGCAGUUAUUCCACACACGUUCAGCGCAACUUGUGACGAUCCUUGUAUUUUUUCUCACUGCUCUGGUGAUGUGGGGGUUUGCAUAUUUUAGCGAAAACAUUGGAAUGUCUCCGAAAACACCCAGUGCAUCAGUGCAUGUGCAUGUACUUAACUCCGGGCAUCCAAUUCCAAAGCUUAUCCAAGAUGCUGAGGCACGCUACAAGCAAAUGCAAGAAAGCCAAUCAAACUCACUGUCAGAGGCCGUCAUUGAGUAUCGGCGACGCUAUAAUAUGAAUCCUCCACCAGGCUUUGAUAAGUGGUACGAAUAUGCGAAGAACAGAGACUCCGUCAUAAUAGAUAACUACGACACCAUAUAUCACUCGCUCAAGCCUUUCUGGGGGCUUCCACCACAAGAAAUCAGGAAGCGCGCUAGGGAAGCUAUAGGUUUCAACGACCCCAUCGGACUCCAUAAUAAUAAGCUUCUCCAUGCAUCAAUCCGAAAUGGUGCUAUCAACGUUGGCGGACAAGGCCCAGAUUGGCAAAAAGAGGCAACUCAGCUCAUGGUAGAGAAAUUUGUCACUUUCUUACCAGAUAUGGAACUUGGCUUCAAUAUACACGAUGAACCGCGAAUUGUUGUUCCGAACGACAUGUUGACCCAGUACCUCGAUCGCGCAGACACCGUGUUGUCCAGAAUCAAAAGCUCUGAUCCUCUCAGCGAUGAUUUCACACCAUUGCCGGCUGAGGAGCGCGGAUCGGUACCGGACUUUCCUCGAACUCUGUUCAAUGUUUUUGCUCACCAGCCCACUUGGAAUGGAGCCCAAAUGUCCUGUCCAGCUGAUUCACCUGCCAAAUCGAUUGAUAUUGACGUCAAAGACGACAUUGAUCGAUUUUCAGUCCAGCCACUUGGAUUCAUAACCAACACAACAGAGGCGUCAGAUAUCUGUCUAUCCCCUAGUCUCCAGCGUCGCCAUGGUUUCUUCGACCGUCCCAACGCAUUUAACGUAGCGCAUCAACUUAUCCCUGUCUUUUCCCAAAGCAAGCCCUCCUCCUUUAACGACAUCUUGUACCCAUCCCCUUGGUAUUGGGCCGGUAGAGUUGAAUACGAUGACGUAAAAGACAUAGACUGGGACCAAAAACAUUCCAACCUCUACUGGCGAGGUUCCACUACCGGUGGAUUCUCUCGCAAUGGGGGCUGGAAGCGUCAACAUCGCCAGCAUACCGUCACAGUCAUAAAUAAGAAUGAAACUGCCAAAAUCUUGGUCCAAGAACAUCACGGCGGGUCAGGUGACUGGAGUGUCCGCGAAGUGAAACGAGAGAGCUUGUCGGGUCUAUUCGAUGUCCGCUUCUCCCAUGUGGGCCAAUGCGAUGCGAAGGACUGCGAUGAUCAGCAUGAAUUCUUUGACAUCGCGCCCAAAGCAGAUCAAGAUGAUGCAUGGCAAUGGAAAUAUCUCCUCGAUAUGGAUGGCAACGCUUUUUCAGGACGAUAUUACGCAUUCCUUGAAAGCAACAGUGCCGUAUUCAAACAGGCGAUAUUCCGUGAGUGGCACGAAGAGUGGAUUGUGCCCUGGGUGCAUUACGUACCCGUUUCGAUGGAUCUCGAGGAGAUUGCAGAGAUGAUGAGGUACUUUGAGAUGGAGCAGGAGGGAAAACGAGCCAUUCAAAAGAUUGCGCAGGAGGGUAGGAAGUGGGCAAAAGCGGUGUUAAGGAAAGAAGAUUUUGAAGUCUGGUUCUUCAGGCUGUUGUUAGAAUAUGGAAGAGUUAUAGAUGAUAAUCGGGAGACAAUUGGGUUUCUAGGCUAA